AUGUCUCACACAGUAUUGCAAACGGCUACAGCACAACAAUCUCACGGCUCGUUGAGAUUGCGGCCGCCAUCUGUUCAAGCAUCUCCAGCGACAUCUGGAUUCCCAAUUACUACUGAUCUCAAGUCUUCACCAUUUUAUGAAGUUCAAACUGGUCCGACACGUGUCGUUCUGCCCACAUUCUCGUCUUUAGAGGAGGAGAGGAGGUAUCGUAAGGAGCAUCUAGCACUGGUUUUUAGGAUACUGCACAGGUUUAAACUGGCCGAAGGUAUUGCUGGACAUUGUAGCGUUCGAGAUCCCAUCGAUCCUGCUACUUUCUGGGUUAAUCCACAAGGAAAAUCCUUUGCGCGCAUGAAACAGUCAGACCUCGUUAGAUGUUCCGUUGACGAUGGUCGCAUUGUAGAGGGUACAGCUCCAACCGAUGCUUCGGCGAGCUCCAUCCACUCGCAGCUGUAUAAGAAAUUGGGUAGAGGUCCCAAUGGCAUAGAAUCCGUCGUACAUGUGCACGGACCUCACACCAAAGCCUUCUCAUCCUUGGGUCGGACCUUAGACAUGAUCAGUCAGGAUGCCUGUGCUUAUCAUGACGAGCAAGUAUUGGUAUCAUUUGGUGGUGCUGUAUUCGACAACAAAGAAGGGGAACGGAUCGCUGAGGCGGUAGGAACCGAUAAGAAAAUAGCUAUUCUCCAGAAUCAUGGAAUAGUGGCACUAGGAAGAUUGAGUAUAGAUGAAGCUGCGUGGUGGCAAAUCAAUUUCGAGAUGUGCUGUCAAGCACAACUUCUUGCAGAUGCGGCACGCAGACCAACAGAUCCUGUGAUUGAGGCAGGGCCCGAUGAGAUAGCUUCGACAAAGCGGGAAAUGGGCAGUUCAGAGAUGGGUUGGUUCUCGCUUGCUGCUUACAUAGAAGAAGAAGAAUAUCAUUCAAACGGACAGCACAAGUCGUAG